AUGUACAGUUCACAUUCCCACAGUGUUGUGCACAGAGUUUCCCAGGACGGUGAAUACACUUGGGACGUCCAUGUGCUGCUGGGGGGGAGCAGGAGGGCCACUCUGUCCCCAAGGACCCUGGACCAACAACAAGCGACUGGCCACGAUAGGAAGAUGUACAUCAGCACUAAGGGUCAGAGACGGAGGGUCGGCAGCCGGCAGCCGUCUGCACUGACGCCAGCCGCAUGUCUCACUUACGAGAACUGA